AUGGGAUUCUCCAGGCAAGAAUGCUGGAGUGGGUUGCUUUGCCCUCCUACAGGGUAUCUUUUGGGCCCAGGGAUUGAAUCUGCAUCUCUUACAUCUAACCUGCCUUGGCAGGUGGGUUCUUUACCACUAGUGCUGCAUGGGAAGCCCCCAAAUCCUUUCAUUUCCUCCAUAAUCUAUUUUAAUACAAAUAGAAGCAAAUGUGAAUGUCUAUUUCCCCUUCUCUCACCUUGUUUCUACAGAAAAUGUGACAUAGUGUUGUUAUGUACAAUUUUAGGGAGCGAAUCCUUUCUCUCCACCACCUCGGGCCUCCUCUGCCUGUAA